UAAGUCCAAUGGUUAAAGUAUUAGAAAAAUCAAUUAUAGAUGACAAAAAUCUUCGAAGAAUGAACCUUUUUGAUAGUACUUAUAUCAUUCCUUCACCACCUCCUCAUACUCUACUAAUGCCACUAAAAUCAGAAAACAAUGUAAAAAGCAAAGGUAAGGUUUAUAGACCAGCAGCUCUACCAAAAAAUCUUAUAGAGGAAAUCAAACGCGGCGUGAAAUUGAAGCCGGUGAAGCCAGUAGUUUCAGUAAUAGAAAAUCCAAAAAUAAACGAAAAUGAUUUUGAAAGAAUGAACCCAUUAGGUAUUCCAAUGUUUCGUCGGGCAAGUAUGAUGUCGAGCAGUUCUAGCUCCGAUACGUCAUCGGAAUACUUUUCUCUAGAUGAAUGGGAUAACUAAAUAAAAAUUAAUCGAAAAGUAAAACUUGAAUAAACAAUGGCAAGUGGUAAUUAAUAAGUCAACCGCCCCUGAGCAUAGUUACUGU